AAUCGCCGAAUGCUUGACUCACUUGGGCGCCUCGCCCCCGCUUCUGAUCCUUCCCCCAUUCCACCCGCUCCGCCCUUUCCGCCUCCGCCCCUUCUGCCGAGCGGCCCAGCCCCACCUUCCGACGCCCCACCUUCCAAGCCUGCUCCAGCAUCCGAGCCUGCACCAGCAUCCGAGCCUGCUCCAGCAUCUGAGCCUGCACCAGCAUCCGAGCCUGCACCAGCAUCCGAGCCUGCACCAGCAUCCGGGCCUGCUCCACCAUCCGAGCCUGCUCCAGCAUCCGAGCCUGCACCAGCAUCCGAGCCUGCACCAGCAUCCGAGCCUGCUCCAUCAUCCGAGCCUGCUCCAGCAUCCGAGCAUGCACCAGCAUCCGAGCCUGCACCAGCAUCCGCGCCUGCACCAGCAUCCGAGCCUGCACCAGCAUCCGAGCCUGCACCAGCAUCCGAGCCUGCUCCAGCAUCCGAGCCUGCUCCAGCAUCCGAGCCUGCACCGGCAUCCGAGCCUGCACCAGCAUCCGAGCCUGCACCAGCAUCCGAGCCUGCACCAGCAUCCGCGCCUGCACCGGCAUCCGAGCCUGCACCAGCAUCAGAGCCUGCACCAACAUUCGAGCCUGCACCAGCAUCCGAGCCUGCACCAGUAUCCGAGCCUGCGCCAGCGUCCAAGCCUGCACCAGAAUCCGAACCUGCACCAGCAUCCGCACCUGCACCAGCAUCCGAACCUGCACCCGCAUCCGAACCUUCUCCACCUUCGGAGGCUCCACCGUCCAAGGCUGCACCGGGUUCGACGCCUGCUCCCGGCUCACAAGGAGCGCCACAGCCGCAGCCGCAGCCUCAGCCUCAGCCGCGGCCGCAGCCGCAGCCAGCAGCAGCACCUGUUAACUCCGCUGCCAGCCAAACGAGCUCCUCCCCUGGUAAAGCGCCCUCUGUCUCCCCCAGUACAGCCGAGCAGCAGCGGGAGGCAGGGGAAGAGGGGGCGUGGCAGCAGGAGGCGCAGCAACGGAGAGCAGCUCCCAAUCCGGGAGUGCCUGGUCGUCAGGGCAGCGGUGGCAGGGUGGUUCAGGCUACUACGAUACAGCUGCUUGGCCGGCUCGAGGCGGGCAGGAAAACAAUCCCUGAGCGACUAACAGAUCUGAUUGCCAAAACGGUCUCUUAGCAGCAGCAGCAGCAGCGUGCAGGGUAUGGAGCACCUCUCUAUGUGUGUGUGGAUGGUCAGGGCAGGGGGGAGUCAGAUGGUGCAACAAGAGAAUACAGCACGCCUAGUGCGCCGGUGCAAGGAGGGUGGGCAAGUGUCGCACCAGGGGGCUGCCUGCUGUGAAGACGGAUGUUGCCUGGGCACCGGGUCCUCAAUGCAUUGUCCUUUGCUCUUUCAUUGCCCUACAAGGCUCUGCUUGCAGAUGACUCGUGGUGCUAGGAGGGAGAGCAGGAGAGCUUGAGAGCAGGCGAGCAGGAGAGCAGGAGGGCAGGAGAGCAGGAGAGUGAGGUUUGGCUCCCUCGUACACCGACAUGUACAACAGCUUGGCUUAACUCCCCAC